CCACGUUUAUAUGUUGACUUUUGUAUUAAAAACUUCUUCUUCUCUCAUUUACAGGAGACCUUGCAGCAGUUAAUAGUCAUGCCCCUACCCAACAUCCUUUGCAUCGCCAAGGAUCCUCUUUCAGCUAAAAGCAUGGAGGAGCUGAAAAGACUUUUGUUGCUGUUACUCGGCUGUGCCGUCCAGUGUGAGCGUAAAGAAGAGAUGAUCGAGAAGAUCAAGCUGCUGGACAUUAUGACGCAAGCUGCCAUCGUCUCUCACAUCCAGGAGGUGACUCACAACCAGCAGAAUGUUCUCGACCUAUCCUGGCUGGAGGAAGGAUCGGAGCUCACGCACGAAGAGCUCACACCUCUGUCCAAAACUAUGGCUGAAUCGCUACGGCAACUGAUUGAUCAGAGAGACAAAGCCAGUGAGGUGAUUGUUGAUCUGACCCAGGAGAGGGACUACCUGCACAGUCAGCAGCCCCAGGAAGGGUGCAGGAACCUGGGUAUGAACAGCCCGGAUCGUGGGCAGAGCUCUGGAGGUCUGACUAACGGUGGAUCAGCUCUGAUGGUCUCCGGCCUCACCAAAGAGGAGAAGCAGCAUCUGUCUGUGGAGCUGGCUGACACCAAGGCCAAGCUCCGCAAAUACAGACAAGAGCUAGAGGAGAAAACAGAGCAUCUGAUGGAUUCAAGACAUGAAGUGGAGCGUCAAGAUCAGGAGCUGCAGAGACUAAAACAAGAGAACCAGUCUCUGUCAUGUGAGGCUCGUUCGGUCAGAGUGUACCGUGAUGAGGUGGACUCUCUGAGGGAGAAAGCGUCGCGAGUGGACCGGCUGGAGACCGAACUGACCCGAUGUAAAGAAAAACUCAACGACGUUCACUUCUACAAAACCAGAGUGGAGGAGCUCCGAGAGGACAACAUGACUCUGAUGGAGACGAAGGUGCUGCUGGAGGAGCAGCUGACAGCCUCCAGAGGGCGCUGCGAUAAACUGCACACGCUGGAGAAAGACAACUUGUUGCUGCGAGCUAAAAUACACGACCUGGAAAUGGAGAGAGACAAUGAGCGCAGAAGGCUGGAGGAGCUGGUGGAGGAGAACAUGCUGCUGGAGAUCGGUCAGAAGCAGAGCAUGAAUGAGUCUGCUCAUCUUGGCUGGGAGCUGGAGCAGCUGUCCAAGAACCACGACAACACAGAGACUCGUAAGUCGUUGGUCCAUGAGCUGAAUGAGUGCGUCUCCAGUCGAGUGUUGAAGCUUGAGAAGGAGAACCGGGAGCUUCAGGCUUCGAUAGAGAGACUGAAAGAGGACAACCACCAACUGCAGGAGAAGCAGCUCCACACCCAGGAGCUUGACCGAGAGAACCAGAGCUUCAGCAAGAAGUUGGAUCGUCUCCAGGGUUUGUUGGACCAGGAGAGACUGACCAAUCAGGACAUGGAGUCAUUGGGAGAGGAAAUCUUGAAGGAGAAACAGAUGCUGGAGAGAGACAUGCACUCUUUGAAGGCAGAGAAAGACCAGCAGAUCUCAGAGUUGGAGAGUGAGAAGCAGCACCUCUCUGACGCGGUGGCUUCCCUUCAGGAGCGAGCUCAGUCUAACAACGUGGCGAGGGUCCGCGAGGUGGAGACGGAGAACCGCCUCCUGCACCAGAACAUCACUGAUACCAGCUCCCGAUUGGCCAGCUUGGAAACGCAACUCAAACAGGCAAAUGAGGAGUCGGAGAGGCUGAGGGAGAGAGCAGGGCGGUGUGAGGAGGUGGAGAGGGAGGCGGCGAGGCUGGAGAGGAGCAGGGACGCUCUGAACAGAGAGGUGGCCUCCCUGCGUGCAUGCAGCGAGCGGUCAGAAACUCUGGAGAAGCAGGUGUCCUCUUUAGAGCAGGAGGUGCACAGGCUGAAGCGGGAGACAGAGGAGAACCAGAAGGAGCUGCAGCGACUUGAUAAGCAAGAGGCGGAGAACGGCCUUCUGACAAAGGAGAACCUGGACCUCCGCUGCUCCCUGGAAAACGUGCGCUCCUCGUCCGCACGCCUGGCCACCUUACAGGAGGAGCACAAAGAGUCACAGAGAGAGACACAGGAGCUGCAGAGGAGGCUGGAGACGACGAGAGAGGAGGCACAAGGAGAGAAGAAGAGGGCGGAGAGGCUGGAGCUGAAUGUGGCGGCUCUGAACCAGGAAAAGCAUCGGUUAGAGAAGGAAGUACAGAGGAGCAAAGAGGAGAGGGAGGAGGUAGAGAGAGAGAAGCAGGAGGUGCAGGCUCGAGAAGAGGAAGUUAAAAGGGAAGUGGAAGAACUGAAGGAGGAGCGGAGGAGGAGAGAGGAAGGUGACAAAGAGAGGAAGAAGAUCCAGCUGGACCUGGAGCAGUCGGAGAAGGGAAGGAAGCACUUGGAGAAGGAGAGCUGGAGGAUCAGAACGCUGCUGGAGGGCAAAGAGACGGAGCUGGAGGAGAAAACCAGGAAGCUGGCUACGGUGAAGAAGGAGGGCACAUCUCUGAGUAAGGAGGUGGAGAGGAUGAAGGAGGUGGCGGUCAAAGCAAAGGAGUUAGAGAGGGAGAACAAAGAGCUGCAGAAACAGGCGACCAUUGACAAGAGGACUCUGGCUACUCUGAGAGAGGAAUUGGUGUCAGAGAAGCUGAGCGUUCAGCAGCAGAGUGUCGAGUUAGAGAGACUCAACGAAGAACUGGAGAAGAUCGGACUGAACAGAGAGAAACUGCUGCAGCAGGAGCACACUCUGGAGGACAGCAGGUACAGGCUGCUGGAGUCUCGGCUGGAGGAAACUGUCCAACAGACGAUGAAGAUUAAAGAGGAGAAAAUAUCCUAUCUAGAGAAGAAAGUAGAAGAAAGCAACGCACUCAACAAAACGCUACGUGCAGAACUAGCCAAUGCUCGGCAGACUGGGUCAACUCAGCGUCAGCUACAGGAAGAAGAAGAAGAAAACCACAACUACCAGCAGCGCUCGGGAGGUGACAGAGGUCAGGGGUCAGCCACUGCUGAGCUGCUACGAAUCAAAGAUCAUCUCAUCGAUGUGGAAAAGAAUAACGCUUCCCUGCAGAUGGAAAGCAGCUUGUUGAAGGAACAGCUCAAACAGAUUGAGAACCAGAACACGUCUCUGAACAACCAGAUGGGGGCGCUGCAACGACACACCAGCACCCUGCAGGAGCAGAAUUCCUCCUUACACACUCAGACUGCAAAACUACAAGUGGAGAACUCCACACUCGCCUCGCAGAGUGCGUCUCUCAUGGCCCAGAAUGCCGUGCUGCAGGGUCAAGUCAGCGCCCUGGAGACGGAGGUGGAGUCGUGGCAGCGUCAGCGCGAGGAGGCGUGGCGAGCCAGAGAGGGCGUGCUCAGUGACCACGAACGGCUGCUGAGCGUUCACGAGAGGCAGGCGCACGAAUACGAGCAGCUCAUCAGUCAGCACACGACGCUGAAGACCAAACAGAGGGCGCUGGAGAACGAUCACAGGACGCUACACAGCAAGUAUUGUACUCUGCUGCAGCAGAAGGACAAAUGGGAGGAGCAGGAGGGACGGGGACUGAAAGAAAAGGAGCAGCUGAACCAGGAGACCCAGAAGAAUCGACUUCUACAGCAAGAUAAUCUGCAGCUAAAAGCAGAAGUGGACAGAUUGACAGGGAGCCAAUCCCAGCAGACAGAGCAGUGUGAGGGUCUCCAGCAGCGCAUGAACGACAUGAAGAGCUCAUUAAGCUCCGCCCAGCUGGAAGCGAGUAGAUGGAUGGCACGGUACGAUUCGCUAAAGGAGCAACACCAGGGCCUGGAUCUGACUAUGACCAAACUGGACAACCACUGUGAGCUUUUGAGUCGACUGAAGGGGAACCUGGAGGAGGAGAACCACCACCUCCUGAGUCAGAUCAACCUGCUGAGUCAGCAGAACCACACUCUGCUGGAGAGGAGCAUGGAGAGCAAAGAGCUGUAUCACCAGGAGCAGAAACUUUACAUAGAUAAGCUGAACUCUCUGCGUCGUCAGAAAGAGAAGCUAGAAGAGAAGAUCAUGGAUCAGUACAAGUUCUACGACCCAACACCAAAAAAGAGGAGUCAGUGGUCCGGAGCCAAAGCUUUAGCCAAACUGAUUAAACCCAGAAAGGAGAGCAGCAGGGAGCGAGGGAGUGACCGAGAUAAGGACGGAGCCAAAGACAGAGAGCGAGCAAAGAGCGCCCCGGACAUCCCACUACCUGCCCCGCCUCCCCUCCUCCCCCCUGAAACCCCUCCCCCAAUCCCCAAGCGGACAGCCAGCGACACACAGGACAGCGGCAGUGCCCACAGUAACCAUAACAACCACAUCACUAGCCCCAUCCUGGGACCCCAGAGUCCAGCGCUCACGCCCAUCAGCAGAGGUUUGACUGACAGGAGCCGCGGUGUCUAUCGCAGCAGCACUCCAGGAGGCAGCAACGAGAGUAUCAACGGAGAGGAUGCACAUGGACAAGGUCGUAAAGCUAUGAGCUCCACUCCGAGCCACCAGUCCCCUUCACUGGGUCCACACAACAACUCCAGACUGGGACCAGUUCCGUCCACAGACCCGAGGUAAACCACGGCAUGCUGUAACAUUUCAGGUCUGUUAUUUGAUGACGACUCUCGUCAUAACGCCUCCGACUCCAUGUUUGGUCACCAUGUCAACCCUGGAGGUCGCCCAGGAUCGGCUGACUUCAGCCGCAACACCUCAAGCUCCAACUCCCCCGUCAACUGCAGAGACACAUCUGAUCGUCAGCCUCGCUCGGCCAGCCUCUCUAGUGAUGAUGUCAUGGGUCUCAGCCAAUCACAGCAGACCCUGUCGCGCAGCUCCACCCUUCCAUACGACCAUGCGCCUCAGAGGGCCCAGCCACAGCGGGUCGCAGGGGUCAGGAUGAAGAACCGCUCGUCUUCUCCUGGAAGUGAGAUGGUAACGCUGGAACAGUUUCUACAAGAGAGCAACCUACAGUCUCCCCCCACGGUGUCGACAGGAAGCAGGGAGGACUUGAUGACUGAUUAUUUUGCCAGAAGUCCCGCCCCCUCUGCACCAGCCGGCAGGGACCAGGUGACUCCCACCAACUAUGUCACCCCCACUGUACAGUCAUCCAACCAGAGACCAGGCCAGAGCGUCAAACCCUCGCCCCGCCAGCCUGUGGGCCAAUCCCCUGCCCCCAGCCAGCCUGUCACUCAGAGAACCGGCCAAUCAUUGAGCAGAGCUUACAGCCUGGCCACGGCUGAUUUGCUGCGUUCAAAUGGACCUGACAGCUUCCGUGUAAAUGAAGGACAAACGGAUGCAGUUGUUCGCAGACAAGGGGGAGGCGCUAACGGGAGAGAGCGGCCUCUUUCAGCCCGUCUGGCUGGUCCGACCAAUCAGCACGGAGAUGCAAGCUUCCUGAACCCGCCCAUCCACCACUCGUCCUCUCUUAAUCUGCAAACAGAGCGAUACGCAGAGAGAGAGCGAGGAAGGGCUCGUGUCCCCGGAAACGCCCCCCACCAUCACAGAGGAGAGGUCGCCAUGGUGAGCCCCGUCAGAGCUGUGCCCGCCACACGACCCGAUGACUCGAACGAGCACACGGAGGUGUCGGGGGAGGGGCGGCCAGGUGACUCCUCUCAACUUAAGAAGGAGAGUGAGGGAGAGAGGUGUGGCUCUGCCGAACGCCCAAAAAGCACCCCAGCUUCACCCGACCCAAACAACGACCCACAGACUGUGUGGUAUGAGUACGGCUGUGUCUAAACACUGGAACUACAGGAGUGGUUGUGUCUAAAGACUGGAACUGAAUACUUAAACUACAGUCUGCUGGGGCUGAAUACUGGAACGUUGUGGGAUAAAUACCUGCAGAGGUCUGUAGUUAAGCAUUGAUCAAAUACAUCAACUGGAAAUCUGUCUAAUUCCUGGAAGAGAAAGCCGAGUUUAAAACUAUCUUUGUAUCUCUGUUUGUAUUUUUUUGAACAAACUUUUGUAGAUUGACAAGCAAAAUUAAUUUCAUUCACCACCAGCUGAUUAAAACAUCUCUCCAGCUCUUUUGGCUUGCAUUUUUCUAAAGCUAAAGAGCAACCAGGGAUUUUAUCUACAAACAAACAAUCGCUCUUCAGCCACUGGAUCCAUGGAGUCCAUUUCCUCUCGUGAUUUUUUUUUAUCCACAAGCCCAAUCUCUCUCCUGGGGAUGCAAUACGGAUUUGAGCUGAAUCACUGGACGUCUUUUUAAGGAUUUUUACUUGAGCACAACACUAUAGGUGGUCUCUGAGGACGCUGGAUUCAUUGGCCUCUGCUAAUUUAUUUUCAACACUGUGAUCCAGCAAGUAGCCUGAGCCCAAAGUAGGGUUGGCAAUAGUGUUGCAACCACUGGAAAUGGUCAGGAUGUUGAUAUCUUUAUAGAGGAUGCACAUUUUUAACAGAAAUUGAGAUGAAAGUUAAUUUGUCUGAUGUCUUCUUGGAAUCCAAAACACUUAAUGCAUCAUUAAGGAACAUAAUCCUACAUUAAGGCCUAGUCUAUGAGCUGGAACUCCUCGACUGCUGAGAAACACAAUGUUCUGCUAAUGUUUCCCCAAAUGCCACCAGUUCUGCAGAACUGUACACCAGGAAUCCCCUCUCACUGAGAGAGGGGUGAUUGAACUGAAAGUGAAGAUGACCAGAACGACCAGAGCGACUGAAUGUAUCAGGUUUCUCCUCCUCUUCCUCUCCCCUGUAAUUAAAAACAAACACUGGAAAAGACAAAAGAGUAGGAAAUGAAAUGAAAUGAAAAGGGGGGGAUGAAAGUGAGAGAGGAAGACUUUUUGGAGAGUGAAAAUAAAAGGAUGCAGAGACGGAGAGAGGGAGAGACAGAUAUAGUGAUGGGACAACAGCGAGAUAAACAGGACUCCUCCCGGUUAAAUUACAGUCCUUCUCCCUCCAUCUUUAGAUUCUGUCCCAGCAUGCAACACUCUGACACUUUACUGGAAAUGUUGCUUGUCCCGAGCCAACACUAGUUUCACACGCACUCGCACACAUACACGUAUGUAUAAUGACACAUACAGACACAGAGGCAGUGUCCUUGAGGGGGUUGGUUGUGGCUUUCAUUCAAACACACAUGAAGAACUCACACCGCCGGGUGAACCGCUGCAUUUUGGGAGAGUGUUCUGCUGCACGCUAAGUAAGUCAGACAAGCUGUAACACUGCACAGCAGAGACAGAGAUAGUCAGGCUGAAUCAAGACCCACUGUGAUAUGAUUUAUUUUAGUUUUUGCAUGUUCAAAAGUUUUGGUAAAAGUUUGACAUUUAAUGACUGAACUGAAGUGUUUGUUUGGUUGCUUGUCCUGAGAGAACCUUUUAUGCAAAAACAGUCAUCCAAGUGUCUCCAGGGAAAUCUCAGACUGUGGUAUUUUCAUACUCCAGUAUAUGCGUCAAUACGUUUGGUAAAACAAGUGUCAUUUCCACCAAAAGUACAAAGAAUCUUCAGUCCCUGGAUCUAGUAUUUCAGGAACUUAAAGCUCCAGCUUCACCUUGUUUUCACAGUCUCAGCCCCUCAAAUGCAUCACCUAACACCUAACACCUUUGAAAGUACAACCCCAACGAGCAGGCGAUUCUUUGGUGGGUCAAAUAAUGUUUCCAGAAUGUAAAGGGGUAGUUUGAUAUUCGAGAGGGGUUUAAUGAGGUGCUUAUCAAUAAUAGGUGAUCUACAGCUGAGCUAAGCUUUGUACUGUUGCAAACAGUCAGGAGAAACCCUGUACCAGUCAUAUUUCCAGAGAGGAUUAUAUAAAACCAACACCAAAAUAAUCCAGUUCGACUCCUGCCAAAGAGCAUCGCUGAACUAAACCGUCAGGAAACAGAGCGAUAAACACAUAAAUGUAUAAGAUAUCUCAGUGGACAACAACAGAAGAUUUCCUCAUCUCCCUUAAGUUCGGGUUUCAAUUCCCCUCGUCUGCAGCAGUACAUAGCUUACCUCGUGAGUAUAAAUCUCAGCUGGCUUCUCCAAGCGGGGGCCGUGCUGACUGAGGUUUGUUGUAUGUUAAUCACUCAAUAGUUUAGUACCUCAUUUAAUCCCUCUCUAGACUGAAUUUAACACAACUUAAAACCCUGGUUCAUCUGAAGGUCUCUUGUCCCCUCAGGACAUUUCUGCGGUGGAAACUUGGCUGACGCAACUCAGACUCCUGUUAGUCAUGCACUUCAUAAGUGUAAUUAUAUUAUCAUUAAAUGAAUAUAAUAAUUACACUGACAGAGGUGACACGAAUAUUCUGAGAGGCCUGAGGAUGAUUUUGUUUUCAGUGUUGUCAAAACUUGUAGAAUACUGUUCGAGGAAUAAAUAAACACUUGGUCUCAUUUUGAACCGAGAGAGGAGGAGGAGGAGGAGGAAGAGUAGCUGACUGACGUUUUGUUUGUAUUGACUGAUAUACCUUAAGGCACUCAAAUGAUGAUGAUGAGGAGACAGAUGAGACUAAUUAAUUUGAAGAUUAAUUUGAGUGGAAUCCAUCAGCAACCUUUCAAACAACCAGCACAUGUCUAUAUGCAAAGAGCUAAAUUAUUCUACCUGUAACAUUUGUACAUGACGUUAGAUUUUAUAAACUCAGAUAUCAGUAGAGUUUGGAGACUCUUUGUAAUAUUUUCUGCUGAUACCAAAAAAAAACAAAGAAAGAAAUCCAGAUCAUUUCAUGUAAACUGUUAAAAACUUUGUGAUCAAAAGUGUAAAAAGUUGUAGAUUUUUUUUAAAUACUAAAGUAGCGUUAUCAUGUGAGGAGAUGAAGUGACAUGAUGUGAAACACUGUAAGUGGAGAUGACCGUGGCACUGCAGAAAGGUCGUCUAUUAACCGAGGUCGGGCUGGAGUCUGUAUCUUUGUAAUGUCUGCACUUCUGCUAUAUUAGAUCUUAAAGCCCUACAGGAUGUGUGGUUGUGUGUCAGUCUCAGUUUGCUGAUGGCACAAGAGAAAAUAUUGGAUCAGAAGGACCAGUGAACACAGUUAUGCAGACAAACACGUCUCCAACAUUACACAUAUGGAAGUAU